AUGGUUAAAAAUGAUAAUUAUCAAUAUUUAAAAAUUAUAUUAAAUUCAGUUAUUUUGCGAAAUGAAUUGUUUAGUCGUGUAAAGUUGGUCAAUGGUAUUGUUGGAUUUAGGAGAUCCACUAUUGAUUCAUUGUUAUUCAGUAGUUUGCAAUUCGAUGUCACCAGGUUCAGCUGGUCGGGGCUAUUGGAGAGACCCGAUCAAUUGAUACACUAUGGCUAUGAUGAUAUAUUUUUAAGAGAGUUUGAUUUUCACAUGUCGUCGACCACUACUACUACGGUUGUUGAGAGUGAAGACGAUCCAGAUAGAUUCCAUGUGCCACACAUCGUGAGGAAGUAUUUCGAUGGUCUGCCGAGUCACCUGGCAAUACCUUGUGACCAAUCGGUGGUGGAUGUCGCCUGUAAAUACGGACAUUUAGAAAUAGUACGGUAUUUUCUAGAGGAGAAGCCGCAGCAAGAGUCGUCAAUUGGCAUCUGCUCAACGAGUGCACUAUCAGCUGCCGCAAGUAAUGGUCAUUUGCAAGUGGUAAAGUAUCUCUUUGAAAGUGUUAAAUUGCAAUGGGAUUUCGAUAUCUAUUCGUUGGUCACAAUUUUUGAAAAAGGAUAUUUACAAGUGAUAGAGUAUUUAUGUUCAAACUUUGGAAAUGAUAAAUUGGAAUUGAGAGUGGAAUACUUUGACGCCGCUGCUAGCAAUGGACAUUUGCAAUUAGUGCAAUGGAUUCAUGCCAAUAGAUCGGAAGGUUUUACAAGAGAGGCGAUAAAUCGCGCAAGUGAACACGGACACUUAAGUUUGGUACAGUUUCUUCAUGAGAAUCGCAGUGAAGGAUGUACUAAGGACGCUCUUCAUAUGGCCGCAUGUAAUGGUCAUUUAGAAGUCGUUCAAUUUCUAUGGGAGAAUCGAACCGAAGGAUUCUACUCAGGACAAACAUUAAAUAUGGUAGCAGCAAGACAACACCUCCAUAUUCUUGAAUACUUUUAUAAUAAUACAAAAGAGAGGUGUGACGAUAGUAUUUCUCUAAUUGGUUUAGUUGAUGAUAAAAUAUUAGAAUUUCUAAAAGAAAGAAAAGAUAUGGAAAUAAAUCUUUUUAGAAUAUUAUUUAAUCAUUUACCAUUGAGAAAAUUAGUAUUUUCAAUGGUAAGAGAAAUACAUUUAUAUCUUUCUAGUUGGUACGAUCCAUUGUUGUUGAGAUUCAAUUGGGAGCAACUCAAGAAAUUCCCAGACCAAUUGAUAAAGUAUCGCUAUAUAGAGAGGUACUAUGAAGAGUUGAACAUUCUAGAGAAAAAACACUCGAAUCGCGCUGGUAAAAUAAAGAUACCACCAUCCGAUGAAUUCACACGAUACCUACUCUCUGUGUAUAUAUCGAUACGACUGGGUGAAUUCGAUGUAGUCAAGUAUCUAAUGAAACGAUAUCCAAGAUAUAUGCCCAAGUCACUCAAGGUAAGGGCAUAUCAAGUUGCUGCAGGGCGAGGACAUCUGGAAAUCAUAAAAUAUUUCGAUCGCAAACAUUAUGGCUCUAAAGGUUUGAAGUUUACUUGUGGUGUGGAAGUUGUCGAAGCCGCUUGCUCCAAUGGAUAUUUGGAGAUGGUUCAGUAUUUGGUUGAAACAAAGAAACCAGUUACCAAAAAGGCAUUCUCUGACGCAGCAAGAUAUGGUCAUCUCCCAAUCGUUGUUUAUCUUCAUGAAAAAGUAUUUCUAACGACUCGUCUCGACACUAGAGCAAUGAAUCGCGCUGCUGAAUAUGGUUUUCUCAACGUUGUAAAGUGGAUCCAUGAAAAUAGAUUAGAAGGUUGCACUACUGAAGCGAUGGACUACUCAGCGGUAAACGGUCAUAUACAAAUCGUUAGAUGGUUGAAUGAAAAUAGGAGUGAAGGAUGCACCAAGAUGGCAUUAAACGAAAGUGCAAAAAAUGGAAAUUUAGAAAUUGUACGAUACCUUCAUUACAAUCGAACGGAAGGUUGUGAUGACUUUGCUCUUCACUACGCUGCAACCGGUGGACAUCUGGAAGUGGUGCGAUUCCUAACUGAGAAUCGAACGGAAGGCUGUAGAAAUCAUAACUCUAAUAAUCCCAAUGGUCCUUUGUUCAACAAUACUAUCAACACUGUUGCCAGUACUGGUAAUACAGAGAUGCUACGAGUCGAACAAAAUGAUGUAAGGUUAAUUCAAGGUUACUUUUCAGCAAGAGUGCACGAAAACAACCUCUUCCAUUUAAAAAAUAAUAUGAAGAUUAUUUUAAAUUAA